AUGGAAUCAUCAGAUGAGGCUCGGCGGCGAUUGAUCCAACAGCGGCAGAUGGCGCUGCAGGCUGCCAGGAAGCUUCAGCUGGAGCAAACCGGCAGAGUAGCUCAGAUGGGCAUGGCUCAUGACGACAUCCCCAUCACCGACGCUGGCGAUCUCAGUCUCUUCAACGGCCAUGCCGGGACCUCGCACCCAGACUUUGCAGCCUUCCAGUCUGCCUGCAGAAACGGGUCCUUCGCUGCCGUCGAGGCCAUGGUGACGUCAAAGCCUCGCAGCAAGGCCUACCUGCACCAAGGUCUAGUCCAGGCCCUCGCAGUGGGCAACGUCGACGCUGCAGGCUGCCUGCUUGCCAACGGCGCGCCAAUCACUCGCCAGACGCCGCCACACGUCCUCUCGGCCCCUGAGAUCUACAAGAUCCCUCUGUUCGAGCUGCUCUUCCAGCACGGCUGGACUCCGAACUUGCCCGGCUUCUACGGCGCCACACUCCUCCCGAGGCUCGUCACCUCCCCGGCCCUCCUCACGUGGUUCCUCGACCACGGCGCCGAUCCAAACCUCGGCCAACAGCGCGACUACCGCGACCGAUGGGGCGCGCCCGACGCGGACUCGUGUCUUGCGCUCGAGACCGCGGCGGCACGCGGGACCGUCGAGUCGGUGCGGCAGCUGCUCGACGCCGGCGCCAAGAUCGCCAACGGUGGCCCGCUGUACGUCGCGGCUGGAGCGUGCCCCCCCGAUGCGGACCCGCGCGCAGGACCGGUGACGCCGAGUCGGGAGUUUGACGAGGGCAGGAUCCCGAUCAUGGCGCUUCUAGUCGAGCGCGGCGCCGACGUCAACGGGAAGCUCGAGACUCGGCACGUAACUGCGCAGUACCCGCUCGUGACUGCCGUCAUGGCUCGGGCUGUGGAGAGGGUCAAGUGGCUGCUGAGUCGGGGAGCUGAUCCCAGGCUGAGAGGUUAUUUUGGCAGCGCUGUCGAAUACGCCGAGAAGCUCGGGAGCGAGGAGAUGAAGUCGGCCCUCGGGAUCAGUACGGCAGAGCCGCAGUAG